CAGGUAAGGAAGUUUUAAACCUGUUUUUAAAAAUAAGGAGCAUAAACACCAAACAAGAAAGUUAUGGCUACCGGGGGAUAUGAUACACUUCUAGAAUGUGGUAGUGACGCCGUCGGUGGAAAGAUCGGGAGCAAGUGUGAGCCUUGUCGUCGUCGGGACAGGUUAGAGGUGGCUUCAUUGUUCUGUAAUACAUGCAAGGUAUAUCUAUGUGAUGAUUGCUGUGUUGUACACAAAGGGCACAUAGCAAACGUAUAUGAACAUAACAUCGUUGCUGCCCAUGACGCCUGUGUCAAGCCAUAUGUCGAUAUGAAGGGACUGGAUCAGUGUAACGAACAUAAACGAGUGUUCAUGUUUCACUGUGAAGACCACGAAGAUCUGUGCUGUGAGGUAUGUGCCUUUUCUCGCCAUCGUAGAUGCAACAAUAUUUACGAAAUAGCAAAGGUCGCUAAGAAUGUGAAGGAUGAUGUAAGGGAAAAGAUACGUGCAUCCGUUAUUACUGCCUCAGAAUAUAUAAUGAAAUGCGAGGAGGAUCAAUUGAACAACAUUUCGCGAGUCGAAGAAAUCGUAAAAGAAAUGGAUAAUUACAAGGAGGACUUAUUAACGAAAAUUGAGGAAGCCAAGCUGCGAAUUGUCAGCGAAAUGAAUAGCAUUAACACACAGGAAACCGAACGUCUAAAUACGAGGAGAAAAGCGGCUGAAAUCCUGAAGAAAGAAUUCGACACGCACUUGGCAAUGUCAGAUAGCGUUCGCGAGAAUGGAACGGAAACGGAACUAUUCAUUCUAAACCACAUUUUCAAAAGGUCGAAAAACAAGGCAUCACAAACACUUAACCCUUUGUUGAAGAAUGAUUACACCGUCAAAGUGGGACUAAAAAUCAACGAAAACAUUUUAAAAAUUAAAACUUCUGAUGUCGCAUUAUUCUCAUUGAAUAAAACAGAAGAACCAAGAACACAAGAGCCAGAAACACAAUCAGCGGUGCGUCUGGAGCUGUUGAAAACCAUGGAGCUUGUGAAGACAGGGGACGACAAGGUUGAGCCGUUUGUGACUGGGCUGGAUUUCCUGACGGAUGGGAGGAUCGUCGCCGUGGAUAACUACAACUGGAAAUGUUUUAUUUUGAGUAACACACUGAAGAGGUUUGAUAUGUUUUAUAAAUUUAAGACAUAUCCUAGGGACGUUACAUCUUACUCUGAUAACAAUAUUGCAGUAACCGUCAGUGACGAAGAUAUUCGAACUAUCUGCCUGCUAACAGUGGACAGUGACAACACGAUCACGUUGAUGAAGGCGCUGAACACGUCUAUCAAAUGCCUCUCCAUCUUUACCCUGAACGACCGCACGUUCGUAGUGAGCACUUGGGACGACCCGCGGCCUGCAAAGAAGAUUGACGUGGACGGCAAGGAGAGCGACUUUGACAACGUGAAGUUUCCUGGAAAGACGUAUAAGAUUGGUGAAAGUCAAUGUACCUACAUACCAUCCCGGGAUACUCUAGUUCUGAUAGAAAGGCAUGCUCACACAGUUUACAUGUAUAACACCGUAUUCGGCAAGACCAGCGAGGUGAAAUGUUACCGGAUACCGGAACCCAGAGGCGCCUGUACUGGCCCUGAUGACUCCGUGUUUGUCUGCAGUAGGAACACGAAUUCCGUCAUCCAGAUAUCGCCCAACGGGGACAAAUUGACGUCAUGUGAUGUCGGCAUGAAGUAUCCGUAUGCCGUUGCCUUCUGCAUGGAUGGUUCGAGAAUGGCCGUGACUAACAGUGCGGGGGGCGUGAGACAACUGAAACUGUUUAAAAUAAUACACUUGAAGUGUAUUUGUUAAGAUCAAAAAGAAAUAUAAGUGUUUUUAUAAUUAUUUAUGAAAGUAAAUAUAACUUUCUCUUUGAGCAUUAUUUGUGAAUAGUUUGUGAAUAAGAUUCUUGUAAUAAUACA